UAUUUGCUAAAGAUAAUUUAACCAAUCUAGUGAACGUAUUUUUAAUGGGAUUUGGCAAUAAAUCCAAGCAGUUUAACCGGAGAUAGAAGAACUGUGCUAAUCCGACCUGAGUCCGACGGUUUAAAAGAAAACCGGGAAUCUUUCUGUUAUAACCAAAAAAAAAAACAUUGGAUCUGUAAGAAAAAAAAUCUGAAAAAACAAAACUCUUCGUCUCGAACAGGAGAGAUGAAGAAGCAUGCCGGAGCCGAGAAGAAGAGGGUUAAACGAUCGUUAGGAUCUGCAUCCUCCACCGCUAGAGAUUCCGGUUCCGAUCCUCCAGCUAGGCAAGGUGUGAAGAAGGAUGUGUUUCAGUUGUUUGCUGAGAAAGUUAGAGACAACAAGGGGUUGGAAUCAAGAUGGGCUGUUAUGGAGGAAGCACGAGUCGAAUACUUCAGAGGCAAAGACUUCGUGAGCUUCUUGAAGAAUCACCCCGAGUGUAAAGAGAUUCUUGAAGAAGAUAAAGACCUUGACGCUGAAGAUAUCGCCAAUGUGUUGUUGGGGAAGAACCUUCUUGUCCGUUGUGAUCGUGUUACUAAAACUCUUCGUCCCGGGAAGAAAAAGCUGUCUACUUGGCCUGCUCAUCUGGAGAUCUUCCGUGAUGAUCAAGCUUUCUCUGAAACUGAUGCAUUUUUUGCAUGGACGUUUGAGAAAAGGCAUCCGCUCUGGCAAACGCUUUUGUCCUUCUUCUGGCCUGUAUUGACUCUCGCUAUUUGUUUGUUUCCUGUGUACCCACACCGUUGCAAACUCAUUGUUCUCUACUCAUGUGCUGGCAUUCUUUUGAUGAUUCUCUCCUUGCUUUUCGUGAGAGCAGUUGCUUUUGGUGCUAUGUGGAUACUUCUUGGAAAGCGUGUCUGGUUCUUCCCCAACAUUCUUGCGGAGGAAGCCACAUUGAAGGAACUGUUCCGUUUCUGGCCAAAGAAAGACGAGGAAGAACCUCCCAAGUGGACAUCUCGACUUUUCUACACAGUUGUGGCUGUUGUUGUUGUCAUGCUGCUCAGGCGCCAUGCCCCUGAUGAGGCUGCUCGGGCCAGGUACCAAAGAAGGAUGUCAAACAUCAUUGAUGAUGUCCUUGAGUGGUCACCAAAGCUAGCACUCUCUGGUUUGAUGGAGAAUCAGCCACCUGUGAACAUCACAGAGGCGGCUAACAACUCCUCAGAUGCAGCAGCAGGUCCCGACCAUACUGAAGAUGCUGAUCUAGACGAAACUCAAGACGAGGAGGAAGCUGAAGACUUGGCCAACUCGGAUAUAAAAACAUAAAAAAGAAAUAGAUAAACAUAAGUCACUGUAACAAUAAGCGUGACCAAGACUAAGUUUAGUACUUAUAAGAAAGUCUUGAAAGAUUUUGUGGGUAUUCAAUUACUCUUUUUUCAGUUUGCACACUUUGGAAUUUAAUUUUAAACACAUAGUUUUGGAUUCAAAAA